AUAUUCUCCUAUCCAAACAAGCCUCAUAUAUCUCAACCGGAAUAAAUUAUUUCCUACAUUGCAUCCACGCUCCUUCAUUUACACCCCUUUCCAAUUUUCCCCCUUUUAUCAAAAAAACCCUCGCACAGCACAGUUCCCAAUUCUCCAUCGCCGACGCCGGAGAGAUGACGAGCUACGGCACCAUCCCGACCUCGUCGUCCCCGCCGGGCACCAACGUGAACCUCGAGUACAUCUCGCGCGCCAAGGAGCGCAUCAAGGAAGGCCUCGGCGCGCGCCGCCCUUGGCGCGAGAUGGUCGACAUCCACAGCUUCGGCCUGCCACGGUCCUUCCGCGAGGCGAUGGCGCGCGUGAAGACGAACAUCGCCUACUUCAGCAUGAACUACGUCCUCGUCGCGCUCGUGAUCGUGUUCCUCAGCCUCCUCUGGCACCCGAUCUCGCUCAUCGUCUUCCUCGUGAUGAUGGCGCUGUGGGUCCUGCUAUACUUCCUCCGCGACGAGCCGCUCGUGGUGUUCGGCCGCCUCAUCAGCGACAAGGUGGUGCUGAUCGUGCUCGCGGUGCUCACGAUCUUCGUCCUUCUGUUCACCGGCGCGACGACGGAGAUCCUGAGCUCGCUGCUCGUGGCGGUGGUGGUGGUGCUGGUACACGCCGCCCUGAGGAGGACCGACAAUUUGGCCCCCGAUGAGGAAGCCGCAGGUCUGCUGAGGUCAGCCAGUCCGCCUUCCUCUUGAUUUUUUCUUUUUUUUUUUUCGGUUCGUUUUGGUUCGUGUUUACCCUCUUCCGUUCCACUGUUUCUGGUGAAUUGAAAAAACCAUUGAUCGUAUCGAAUCGUAUCAGGUGAUGAUAUCUGUUGUUGUUGACUUUUGGAAAAUUUUUGUAAUUCUGUUGUAUGCGUGAGAUGUAUUUAUUCAAUAACUAUCUCAAUUUAUUUUUCUUGAUAAAGAGUUUGAGUUCAAAA